GGCAGGGUACAGUCACAAGCUGGGGUGCGGGCGCCUUUCCGGCAUGAGUCCUAUGUGGACAUGUCGCAGCCUGUGACCCUUCCUUGUGUCACACACUAUCGCUACUGCUGAGUCAUAAAAUGUGACAGGGGCCCCAGAGUUGUUGCUAUUCAAAGGAAGUUGCCCUUGCUGAUGAUGUCAUCCAGUGACCAACCAGAAUCGCCAUUUGGUCUAGAUGGGAUAAACUGUAGCCAUGUUCAGCUUUGAGGGUGACUUUAAAACCAGGCCAAAGGUGUCACUGGGAGGAGCAAGCAGAAAGGAAGAAAAAGCAUCUCUUCUCCACCGUACCCAGGAAGAACGUCGUAAGAGGGAGGAAGAAAGGAGAAGGCUAAAGAAUGCAAUAAUCAUCCAGUCCUUUAUUAGAGGCUACAAGGACAGGAAACAGCAAUACUCCAUCCAAAGAAGUGAAUUUGAUAACUGCGCCAACUCGCCCACUUUCAACGUGACUGCAGAUGGAAGCACACUUUCACUUCUAGUGCGGAAACUGCUCUUUUUCUAUACACAGAAUGAGGAUUCAAAGCGCUUGAUCUGGAUAUGUCACAACCUGAUAAAACACAAUUCUCAGUUUGUGCACCAGCUGACUGGUCCAGACAGACUCACUUGUCUGUAUCAGAUCAAGAGACUGUUGGGGUUAUGUUGCAGGUUAUUACAGCAUUGUCAUGACGACAGCCUCAAUAUUGCACUACCUAUGCGGAUGGUUGAGGUCUUUUCCUCAGAGAACACAUAUCUGCAUGUUCUACCAGAUGCCAUCAGCGUGGCUUCAUUAAUUGAACAAAUUUUGCACUACAUGAUUCAAAAAGGAUACUACCGGUCGCUCUACUUGUUGGUUAACAACAGACUUCCAUCCAGCAUUGAAUAUAUAGAUGUCUUUAAAGUUCCCAUUGCAAAGAUUCUAUUAGAAAAUAUUAUGAAACCAUUGCACUUUAUGUACAACUCCUGCUCUGAUGGUGCAAGGCAACGUGUUUUCUCCGCCUUUACCAGAGAAUUCCUGGCUGCACCUUACACAGAUCAGAUCUUCCACUUAAUCAUUCCAGCACUGGCGGAUGUACACAAUGCUUUCCCGUAUGAACGCUAUCUGAGUGCGCUGCUAGAUGAAAAACGUCAGGGUCCUCAGAAAUGUGACCAGGCUCCCUGGCUUUUCUAUGUUGUGCUGACAGUUGGGGAAACAUACCUAGGCACUUUGUCAGAGGAGGGAAUGCUUCUGUACUUGAGAGUACUUCAGACUUUUCUCUCUCAGUUACCAGUCUCUUCUGCUACAAACCAGCAAGAACUAAAUAGCGAUUCUGAAGAUGAGGACGAAGAUAUCAGCAAAAUGGUCACCACCAUUGGUGAUGGCAAGAUAUCCGUGCAAUAUAUCACAGAAGAGUGCCUAAAGAGACUGGAUACUAAACACCAGACAAACACCCUGCUCAACAUGGUAUGGAGAGAUUCUGCCAGUGAGGAGGUCUUCACUCUGAUGGCCUCAAUCUGCCACACACUAAUGGUGCAACAUCGCAUGAUGGUUCCAAAAGUCAGACUGCUUUACAGUCUAGCCUUUAAUGCUAGGUUUUUAAGACACCUAUGGUACUUAAUUUCUUCAAUGACAACAAAAAUGAUUACAGGAUCCAUGGUGCCACUCCUCCAGGUGAUUUCAAGGGGGUCUCCAAUGUCAUUAGAAGACUCUAAUCGGAUCAUCCCGCUGUUUUAUCUGUUCAGUUCAUUAUUUAGUCAUUCCCUUAUUUCUAUACAUGAUAAUGAAUUCUUUGGUGACCCCAUUGAAGUGGCUGGACAGAGACAAUCAUCAAUGAUGCCUUUCACAUUAGAAGAGUUAGUCAGUCUAUCCCGCUGCUUACGAGAUGCUUGUUUAGGAAUCAUCAAGCUGGCCUAUCCGGAGACCAAGCCGGAGGUGCGGGAGGAAUACAUGGCGGCCUUUCGGAGCAUUGGAGUCACCACCAAUGUUGAGAUGUUGCAACGUAUCCAAACAGAACAAAAACGAUGGAUUCAGUUAUUCAAGGUGAUUACAAACUUAGUAAAGAUGUUAAAGUCUCGGGAUACCAGGAGGAACUUUUGUCCGCUCAAUCACUGGUUAUCAGAACAGGAGAACAUUAAAGCUGAUAAAGUUACCCAGCUUUAUGUACCAUCUGCUAGACAUGUGUGGCGGUAUCGGAGAAUGGGGAGGAUAGGACCUCUACAGUCUACUUUAGACGUGGGUAUGGAGCCAGCACCCCUGUCAGUUUCAGAAGAGAGACAGUUAGCAAUAUUAACCGAACUUCCAUUUGUAGUUCCUUUUGAAGAAAGAGUAAAGAUCUUCCAAAGACUGAUUUAUGCGGACAAGCAAGAAGUUCAAGGGGAUGGCCCAUUUUUAGAUGGAAUUAAUGUUACCAUCAGGAGAAAUUAUAUAUAUGAGGAUGCAUAUGACAAAUUGUCACCUGAAAAUGAACCUGAUCUCAAGAAGCGAAUCCGUGUCCAUUUACUUAACACACAUGGUCUGGAUGAGGCUGGGAUUGAUGGUGGUGGAAUAUUUCGAGAAUUUUUAAAUGAGCUGCUGAAAUCUGGAUUUAAUCCUAACCAGGGAUUUUUUAAAACUACUAAUGAGGGUCUGCUGUACCCCAAUCCUGCAGCACGAAUGCUCGUUGGAGACUCCUUUGCCAGGCACUAUUAUUUCUUGGGCAGGAUGCUGGGAAAGGCCCUGUAUGAGAACAUGCUUGUAGAGCUGCCAUUUGCCAGCUUCUUCUUAUCUAAGUUGUUGGGCACAAGCGCUGACGUAGACAUUCAUCAUCUGGCCUCUUUGGAUCCUGAAAUGUACAAAAAUUUACUUUUCCUAAAGAGCUACGAAGGAGAUGUAGAAGAACUUGGGUUAAACUUUACUGUGGUUAAUAAUGAUCUUGGAGAAGCACAGGUGGUGGAGCUGAAGCUGGGAGGAAAAGAUAUCCCUGUAACAAGUUCCAACAGAAUCGCUUACAUCCAUCUUGUGGCUGACUACCGCCUGAACAAGCAGAUCCGCCAGCAUUGCCUGGCAUUCAGGCAAGGUCUUGCCAAUGUGGUCAAUUUGGAAUGUCUGAGGAUGUUUGAUCAGCAGGAAAUUCAGGUUUUGAUUUCUGGGGCACAGGUUCCAAUCUGUCUGGAUGACCUAAAGUCCUUCACAAACUAUUCAGGAGGAUACACCGCAGAUCAUGCAGUGAUUAAAAUCUUCUGGAGAGUUGUUGAAAAUUUUACAGAUGAAGAAAAGAGAAAACUACUGAAAUUUGUGACCAGCUGUUCCCGGCCACCAUUACUAGGUUUUAAAGAAUUAUAUCCUGCAUUUUGUAUCCAUAACGGAGGGUCUGAUCUAGAACGACUGCCCACAGCAAGCACCUGCAUGAAUCUCCUCAAACUUCCAGAGUUUUAUGAUGAAAAUCUAAUGAGGAGCAAACUGCUUUAUGCUAUAGAAUGUGCCGCUGGCUUUGAGUUGAGCUGAGUUGGGAUUUUAUUCAAGAUGAGGGAAUGAAAACUGGUGCCUCAAUAGAAUUCCCCAUCAAGUGGAGAUGUUUCAGGAAUCCAGGCAUUAUCACAUCCAGUCGAUUUUUUAAAAUCUGCAAUAGAUUGGCAUUGCGUAAGAAUUUCUGUGUGUCAGGAACGAUGUUCCAGAAAGAGCAGUCUGCAGAAAUUACCAAAGAUGAAGAUUUGGCUUAGUGCUGUUUGGAUGGAAAAUCUCCAGAAACUGGCAAUACGUUUACACAACUCGCGGACUGGUUGCUUAAUGGCUUAUAACAGGGUCUGGAUCAUUUAGAAGACAAACGCAUCAGAACAAAGGGAUGUGAGAGGCGCAUUAAAGCCAAUCCUCUUUCUCCUGCAUCAGAAAAUAGUACAAGUAUUUUAACUGUUUACACUGUGUUUGCUUCACUACUGGCCCUAAUGGCUGGUAAACAUAAAUUGUCAUUUAUAGUAUUUUAUUUCUUCUUUGGAAAGGUUGGACUAUGAGUUUUAAGUGCUUCUGUACAAUGUACAUCAUGAUGAAUAGGAUACAGUUGUGAAUAUAAAAAUAGCUUUUGCUUCAUUUCUCAUUACUGUACAGUUUUUUGUUUGUUUCUUUUGUAUCCGUAUGGAGGAGAUUAAUCAAUUAAUCAUUAACAUCUAUUAAAUAUUAUUUCAAUCCAAA